AUGUGGCAGGCGAGGGUGGAGGACAGUGGGCAGUACAUCUGCAAGGCCAAGAACAGCGUGGGGGAGACCUACGCGGCCGCCACCCUCAAGGUGGAGGAGUGCGACGGGGACCCGGAGAACCGGCCGGUCUUCGUGGUCAAGCCCACCUCGGCCAGGGUGGUCCGCGGCCACGACGUGGUCUUCACCGGGCGGCUGGCCGGCUCCCCGACGCCGGCGGUGACCUGGGAGAAGGACGGCAAGAAGCUGACCGAGAUCUUCGAGAGCGGGCACUUCAGCGAAGGCUGCGACGGCGAAGGCUGGCACCACCUGAAGAUCUUCAGCGCCCGCAUGCCCGACGCGGGGGUCUACCUGUGCAAGGCGCGCAACCCUCUCGGCGAGGCCAUGUCGGCGGCCGUCCUCCUCGUGGAGCCGGGCGACGCCCCCCACGAGCCAGCCCCGCCCACAACCGCCAGCAACGGCCUUGGGGUCAGCGAGGGGUCGGGCGCCCAACGGAUCCGGCGCGAGGCGCGGCGCGGGAAAAGGCACCGCCUCCCUCACCGUGAGCCGCAGUCAGCCUCCGGCGUCGCCCGCCAGAGCCACGCCACUGAAGACCCACCGAGGGCCUGCAAAGUCAAAGUCUUCUCCGUGACAGAGGGCAAGCACGCGAAGUUCCGGUGCUAUGUCACCGGGAAGCCCAAACCCGAGAUUUUCUGGAGAAAGGACGGUCGGCUGGUCGCCCCUGGUAGGCGUCACCUCCUCUACGAGGACAGGGAGGGCUACUUCAUCCUCAAGGUGCUGUACUGCAAGCAGCAGGAUAAUGGCCUGUACGCUUGUGCUGCCUCCAAUGCAGCUGGUCAGACCCUCAGCUCAGUGCUGCUCAACGUCAAAGGCUCCUUCAGAGCUACCUGCGUUGAGCAAACCUCUCUUCAUUUUUCCUCCAUCAGCUUAGGCAUCAGAACUUUACUGGAAGGUGCAGCUGCCAAGUUCUAG